AUGAACAAAGAGCGCGGGUACAACCCGGUACAGGCUCAGCGCAAGGCCGACAAGGCCAAGGCGAUCAAGAAAGGCAGAGCGGACGUCCAGGCUAAAAGAAACGAAAAGCUCGCGAAACGAAACCCACACCGCAUUCAACAGCAGAUUGACGAUCUCAAAGCGAUUACCGAUAAUGGCGGCAAGCUCACCCGACAUGAAGAGCAGGUUCUUGAGGGCUUAGAGAAAGAGCUACGCGCCGUCAACAAGGCAAGGGAGGCCCUCGGCGAUGCCGCGCCCGUCUUCCGAGCGCCGCGGGAAGGCGGAGGCCAAGCGGUUCUAGGGAAAAGAAGACGCGAUGGGAACCACUCCUCUAGCGACGAAGAUGUGCCUGAAGAUGUCAAGCGGAUACCGAUGCCUCGAGAUACGCCGCCACCCAUACCAAAGGACAUUCUAGACAAGUGGAACCAGGAAGCCGCGCCGGUGGAGCAGAAGACGGUUUACGAAGCGAGACCCGUCGUGCGUGAUCUGCGCAAGGAGGCCGUCAAGGCCUUUGUUCCAACGUCUGUCAUGAUGAAAAUGAACAAGGGCAAGGGCCAGGGCGGGCUGAUGGAGCCUGAGGAGGCCGAUCGACUUGAACGGGAGGGCUAUCUAAAGACAACGACGCACAAAGGCACGAUAGAUGCAGCAUCUUCGACCGGCCCCCAAAAGGCGAGCGUGGAAGAAGUCGAAGAUGAGGAUGAAUAA